AUUCUCAAUCUCACUCAGUCAAUCGCUAUUUUUCACGUCUGUUGCUUGUGCAUUGGAUUUUAAUCUAGAACUUUAUUUAAUAAUUGUUGGCUUUGUUUGUUAGUGUAACAACAUUUAAAAUGGAUUUAAAAACCAUCAUCUUCGUUAUGUGCAUUGGUAUAGUGUGGGCGCAAACAGAAUCAGUAGCUGACCUUUUAAACAAAGCACCUCCACAACUUCAAGGGAAACUUGAUGAGAAUCAAGUCACUGAAAUGAAGAACAAAACAGUAGAAGUGUUCAAAAAGAAAUGUGAGGAGAACGCUGGAGCUGGUGCCUACCAAAAAGCUGAGAAAGCGUUCCUGGAGUUCAGUACCUGUCUGAAAUCUCUGGUGGACUACGAGAAACUGUCGCAGGAGAUAGAGGAUGCCAAGCCCAAUGGCAAAGUAGAUGAGGUGUUUAAAGAAUACUGCCACAAAACGCCACAGUUCAAGGGUUGCUUCAAUAACAUAACGGAGACUGUGAAGCCAUGCUUCUCUGCUGAGGAGCAGAAGCACCUGAAGACAGUCCACAACAUCACCGAGCAGCUCGCCGAGUUUGUGUGUUUCAAGGAAGGCGACAGAAUUGCGCUGUUCAUCUCAGAAAACGGCCCGCAGUGCAUUCAAGAGAAGCAAGCAGAGAUCGAAAAGUGUCUCAACAGUACCAUAGAUACCAAAAUGCAGUUUGACGCCAAAAACAUGAGCCUCGACAACCUGCCUACUAUCAAAUUCGACGAGGAACAGUGCAACAAACUGGGUGAGCUGCAGAUAUGCAUCGUGUCGGCUCUCGAGACAUGCUCGGCGCCUACCUCCGCCAACAUCGUGGAGUCUCUGUUCAAGUUCGCGCGCAAAGCGACGCCUUGCAAGGAUAUACCGGACGUCGACGAAAUAAGAGCCAAGAACGCACCGAGCGCCGCCAACAGUCCGCUAGUGAGGUCAUUCGCAAUGGGCGCAGUAGCGCUCGCGUUACUUGUAUAAGCUUUAUUGUCUCCGCUAACAUUCCAUUAGCGUUUAAGUCGCCGCAUACGGGAGCCACGCCACCAAGAUUUUUUUUUUAUUUUGUAUAAGCAAGCGCUUAGUUGCAAUCACGCUUAGAUGCAGCCUAGAAAAACCUGUUCACUCUUGGCUUGAAGAUACUCAUGUUGAAAAACGGAAGCUGGAAGAGCAUUCCACAUCUUUGCAGUGCGUAUAAGAAAAGAGGAUUUAAACCGCUUAGUACGCAUCCGAGGAAUAUCGAUGAUGUAGCGGUGUAGAUCUCUGCGAUGCCUAGCAGUACUGUGGUAGAACGGCGAAGGUGGCACAAGAUCAAACAGUUCCUGAGCAAACUCCCCGAAAUAUAUCUUGUAGAUCACCGAUAGACAGGCAACCUUUCGGCGUCCACCUGAGGGCGUAUUCACAUGGAAAGUAGGUUACUUGCACGACCAGCGUUUAUCGGCACUAGUCCUCGCAGAUAACCGCUACAUAAAGCAUGCGGAUAUGUACAGAUAGCGGUCUGAGUAGCGUACUAACGUUAAGAAAAACUGAUACUUCGACCACUUAAGCAAGUCAACGCUAACGGCAACGUCAACGCCGAUUGGCAGGUCGGAGCUUGUCGGCCACGUUCAGUGCUGGUUUGGCACAAGUAUGGACUACCAGUGACGACUUUCUGUGCAGACUAAUAUAUAGGUAUUUCCAGACAGGAAGUCUGACGAGGCCAGUCCUAAGAAGGGACUAUUCCACCCAAUUAUCUCAGUCUCUCGACAGCGUUACUCAAACCUUUCUGUAGCCUUCGUGAUCCUCACUCACUCACUAUAGGGGAUAAUGUUAACAUUAUCCCCUAUAGAUUCGUUGGGUCUGCUUUAUUUAAUCUAUCCUUGCCUAGUAACAGCGCGAACAUGGGACACUCAGCUAUAAAAUGAUAGCAGGUCUCCUUACCUCAAUCUGGACACGAGUAACCUUUUUCACCUCCUCUGGCUAGCUCCAUUGGCCCUCUAGCUGAGGUCCGAGUCUCAUAGGAGACGCCCUUGGAAAGUCGUUCCGUCCUCUAUCUUUAUUUCAGCCUUCGGGUCUCAUCAGGCGAUGCUUCUGCGCUCACCACAACCCCCAGUGACGUCGUAGUGGUCCCACAUGGAGCCAUCGGCACUUACUCAACACGAGAAAAAACCUUUUUUGAUUUUCUCAACACGAAAAAAAACCUUUUUUGAUUUUCAGUAUCUUCAGGUGUCUAUUAAGCGGACAAUGUCCAGUUUUAAUGCCUGCUACCAGUGCUAUAUUGGUCCUGGGCGGGCCAAUACCGAUAAACGCUUAUUCGGCGCAGGUAUCCUUUUAUUGUCGAUGUUCAGUCGACUCGCAUAAAACGUUUCGCAUCGACGUUUCUAUUAAGAACAGCGAAGAUGUGGAAUGCCCUUCCGGCUUUUGUGUUCCCUAACACUUAUGAUUUGUGCACCUUCAAGACAAGAGUGAAUAGGCAUUUUCUAGGCGCGCUCCCGCCUAGAUCUCAUCAUUCCUUUCCACCAGGCAUGAUUGUAGUCAAGCGCAAGUCUAUGAUGAAUUAAAAAAAAAGGCAAUCUGCUUUCAUUGUGAAUACGCCCUAUAGCUAGAAGCCACGUUUCAUGGCAUGGUGAGGGCACCGGCGUCACCGGCCGUGUGCUGCGAGUCCAUGUAAAAUGUAUGAAAGUUAUUGUUGGAGGUCGGUUGCGGCGUUUUUCGGCUGUGGCGUGGUUCCCUUGUGCGAAAACACUAAGCCUCAUUUGCAAUGGCGCGCAUUCCAUAGAAGCAUCUAACAAAAGGAUGAUGAAAAAUAGUUAAUUUGUGAAGCGAAGCUUUUUAACGCGUAGCUAUUAAAAUAUAUUUGUGUGCUUAAAAUGGUUGUUUGGGUGUGUAAUGUAAGUAUAUAUUAUAGUAUGUAUAUAAAAAUAUAUAUGAUGAAAUCAGCUAUCUUAGUACCUUUUUUAGAAUUUAAACUAUCGUAAGUUUUAUUCAUAUUAAUUGAUAAUGAAACACGGCUAAAACUCACUUGAUAUAAGGUCGGAGUAUGCCCGAGUAGUGUAGUAGUUUCGAAUCCAUACGGGGCCCUUAGUCAUGAGCAUUCUUGCAACGCGGCACGAUCCAAACUGCGAAGCGACAGUUUUAGCAAUCAAUUAAUAUCUUAGUACCCAUAACACAGACUAUGCUUAUUUUGAAUAUAUCUAAUACUUUUUUCUUUUUUUUAUUUGUUUAAAGUAGUUGUUUCGAACAAAAGCUUCGCUACAAUUUGAUAUUUGAAAACUUCCAAUAUUUGAGCCAAAUUAUUUAUUUGAUUCGUACAGACAUAGAUAUGCUGGAAUGGUCUGAAUGUUUACCAUUUCAAAAAAAAUAUUAAUUGACAUUAUUUUUUUAUUCAUAUAACCUAAAAAUGAAAAUCAGCAUACAGAGGAGAAAAAGGUAUUAAACUUAAAUUUUAUUUUUGAUGAAAAAAAAUUACAUUUAUUUAUGUUAUGAAGAAGUUGAACAAGAUAAUGAAGUUGUUAAUUGAUGUAAUUUUGUAAUCAUUUCUAAACUGUUUGGCUUUAUCAAAUUUAAAUAUAUUUUUGCACUUUAUUUAUUAAAAUUCUUGAGUAUAGUUGACGAGAGAGUUAAUUAAUUGUUAAUAUUUAGGCAACUUUUCUUAUAAGCGUCGAUGUUGCAUCUAGUUUUUACAUAUCAAUGCGUACAAUAUAUUGCUAGUAAGUUUAUAGAGCUAAAUAAUUAACAUAUCCAUGAUAACUUCAUGUGUAACAUAAGGUGACCGUUAAAUUAUUUGUUUGACUCCUAAAUGGACGACCGGUCGUCCAUCGUAUCCGUUACGUGACAUGUGAAAAAAUAUAAAACCCAUUAAGGGCAAUAGGCGAGCACAGUAACCUGCUCCGUGCGAUAGAGGAAUAUAAAGAUUUUUUAAAUGGCUCACAACGGUAGAUUAAAACCGCAUUCCCUGACUGUCGGCUUCUUCAACGCAGACGGGCUUUUCGAUAAAAUACUCGCGGGCAGCGAAUGGUUAAAUAUCUAAAUUAUUAUUUUAUACAUUAACAUUUCGAAAGUAAAACAAAGUACAGGAAUAUAAAAUAACAAUAAAUAUAUAUAACCUAAUAAUUUAAAACGGUUUUCUCGGGUAAUCUCUCUCGCCUCUUUGUAGGCGUCCACUUAUCCGCAUCGUACGUAUCGAACGCUUUGCAACAAAGGGAUUAUUUAUUCUACGUUACGUAAAAUCCGUUUGAUGAGAUCUGUACAAUGCCGAUCAGUGGACGCACUUGUAUGACUUUCUAAACAACGAAUACUAAAAUCCGUUUGAAGCGAUGCGUACGGAUCUGUGGACGCCUACCAUUAUGUGACAUUGGGCCAGCGUGGUGGACUAUCAGCCUAACCCCUCUCAGAGAGAACACUCGUGCCCAAUAGAAAGAAAGAAAGAUCUUUAUUUUUAAGUAAUGCGACAUAUCAGAUUAUGAAAAUCUAAAUUAUUAUGGCUUAACUGUCCACUCAAACAGUGAAGCAACAAAGAAAGCCCUGUCACAUACUUUCAAUACAAAAAAAAAUUGCAGCACUGAUUUUCAGUUAGGACCCAGUUCGUGCCGCCAAUGAGCCGAAUAGUUAGACCUAGUUCGGACUACUUUAGUAUUUUAGUCGAGUACGAACGAUAUUUGGGCGGUAAAUCCAAAAAUCGUUCGCACUCGACUAAAAUACUAAAGUAGUCCGAAUUAGGCCUUAAUGAUGAUGAAAUAUACAUUACACCUCGUAUACGCCACGCUUCUAGUCCGCUCUGAAGUUGCAUCGAGUUUCUGCGCUUGAGAUUCUAGAGCCAGAUAUCUCAGCGAUAUUCGUCUGUUUAGCGUGCAUGCCACUUAUUUAGCCUAAUUUUUCUUACCUUCCACAUUUUUUUUAAUUCUGUUAUCAAAUAUGUACAAUUAAUGAUUAUUAACACUAACUAAAACUAUUAACUAAAUUAAAUUCCUAAAUCUAUUAUAACAGUAAAAUAAAAGAAAAGCCUAGUUAGUUGUUAUUAAGAUUUCCAUGGAAACGUUCAAUGAUUUUUAUUAUUUUCGUUACAAACAAGACUUUAACGGUCAUCUCUUGAACUGUGACAUCGUAUUGCCAAUGUAUCGCCAAAUCUUCGCCUCCAUCCGAACUAGAAUAAGUAAUCGCAUUUUAAAGCUAUAUUUUUUCAUACAUUUUUAAAUCACUCGUGUGCUUUGUGGUAUAAGAUUUUAUAAUUAUUUUGUACAGAUUUACCGCCUUACUUAUAAAUAAUGUAUAAAAUAAUCUGAAGGGCUUAUGGAAAUGAAAAAUGAAUCUAAAUGGCAUGGGGUUGAUUUUGUGCUUAAAAUUGUUCUUUGCCCCUUGAAAUUUAGUCUAUUAUCCUUAAGUGAUUCUUGAUUUAUUACUAUUGUUUAUAAGUAAGGUUUUUAAUUAUAAGCUUAAUUUAAGUUUGAGGCAGAUUCAUAUAUUUACAUCUGUAGGGAAGAGUCAGUUAUAGAUAUUAUAGUGUGGACAAAAUCUUGCUAAAGGUGUGGCAAAAAAAUCAAUAUUUGAGUCGUCAUUUGGUGGUUAACAUCAAAAGGGUUUUAGGUGUUUUAAAAAUGGUAUUUUUAUAGAUGAAACUUCUAGACCUAGCCUAAAGCAAGGCCAAACUAAUGCGUCCGCGGUGGCGAUCUGCAGGGUUAUCAUGUAUCUCGGUGCUUCAUUCAAAUGAGGAACCACUCUAUCAUUUUUCAUCGUGAUUCCUUUUUACAAUCAUCUGACAUUGUGUUUCAACGAAAUGACAUAACUAUCGUCAUUUUACGUAGCAAGUAGUGACGUUAUUUUAAAAUGAAUGUGAAAGCACAUCUCGCUUAAAUAAAUAUGUUAGAUGAUCGUAAAAAUAAAAAAUUAAUGUCACUUGAUGUAAAAUAGCGUUGUUAGUUGAUCAUAACAACGAAAUGUUUAUAGUGACUCUUUAUUUGAACGGUACUCCCAGAUACAUAAUAAUUAAUAACCCUACAGAUGUGUAUGCGUUCUUUGAUUUCAUACAUUUCAUCUGAUCGACACCGUGGUUGCAUUUAGCAUUUAUUUAUUGACGAAUACAUGUAGGUAUUUGGUUUAGGUAUAGGUUUGAGUUUGGCAGCUUAAUGCAAUGUGGCAACUAAAAAUGUAUUUUAACUUGUCUUUGGUUAAUGCAAACAGAGGGGCAACUAAAAAUGUACUGUAGUUAAAGCCUGUUAUUAUAAAAUAACAAUUCUAUUCUAAAUGGUAAUUUAUUUCAAAGUUAUUUUGAGAUGUGCCUCUUUUCAAUGUAAUUGGUCCAAACUUUUAUGGUUUUAAGACCUGUAUUAACUUAACAGUGUGUUGUGUUGUUUCAAAGUGAUGUGUUCCACUAUUUCCUUUUUAUAGAUUUUCAGAAUUUCUCUUUGACAUUCGAAUUGCCAUUUCAAUAUGUGUACUUGAAAAAAAUUGUUUUCAAAACUACCUCCCACUUUGACUACCAAAUGACUGGAGACUAAAAUAUUUUUAUAGUAAUUCUGUUGUCUGUCAUGAGAUAAACUACAUAAUACAUAUUAUUUAUAAAGGGUAUAUUUGAAAGACUUAUAUUUUAUUAUAAUUAAUAUAAAUUAAAAUUUUAAAUAUUAAUUUUAAAUUGCUUUAAUUUUAAAUAUUAGUAAAUAAUUAACUGGUUUUUAACCUAUCUAUCCAAUACAAACAAUUAUUCGUAUAAGCUUCAAUAUUUUAUUACAUUAGGGUACGGCUAUACUAGUUUUCUCAGGGUAUUUUUUUUUUUGAUAAAGGAAAAAAAUACUCUUCCCAAAUUAUUUGCUCGAGAAUUUUUAUUAUGCCGAUAUAUCCAGUAAAUUAUGUCGUAGCCAUGCAGUUAAAUUAGCUAGUUAAAUAAACGCCUAGGCUGUUCAUUAAAAGGCGGCUUCCAAUGAAAUGACAAGGCUGAUAGUUAAUUUAACUAGAAUCACUUGACGUUUAACAAACUCUUAGACUUGCGCCACGACUUUACUCGUGAAAAGAAUAUGACAAAUUGAUGACGAAUAGCGGUGGAUCGAAAAUAUUUUAAUUGAUUAUUCAAAAUUAUAUUAACUAUAUCUAAUUGUUCUAAGCUUAUUAACCAAAUUUAUUUUCAUUAAUUUGAGAACAACUUAAUUAUAAUUAUUUAGGAGUGAAAUGACUAGCGAUUUACACCCUCAUUUUUUAAUUUGUUUUUUGGUAAACUUAAGCCAUAUAACUUAAGUAUGCCCAAUUUAACUGCGCUGACUGCGACAUAAUAUGCUGUGAAGAUACGCGACAUAGUGAUAUGAUUUUUUUUAUGGUGCUUGCCAUUUUUCUUAGUCAAGUAUGCACAACAUGACCUAAUUAUGUAUAAGGUACACAAGUUUUAUUUAUUUUAUUUGCAAUUUCGAAAAGGGCACACGUCUGAAAAUUUAAAAUGUCUAGGAAUUUAAAAAAAAACAAUUAUUUUCCAAACCAGUGUACUUUUUCUAAAAGUAACUAUUGCGUUACAUUUUAGUGUUAAUUAGCCUUCGAAAAUUACUAAAAUUAUUUAUUUUUAAAUUUAUUUAUAUUAUGAUAUUAGCUAUUUUAUAUUUGUGUGAAGUAUGUACUAUAAUCCGACAUGUGUCUUUUUCGAAAUUGCAUAUUCAAUUAUAUUAUAAGCUAUUUUCUUGUUUUAUAUUAAUGAAUGCAAUUUGAAUUUACCUAUACAUUCCUAGUUAAAUAUUUUUUGUAUAUUGGCUUUUGAAUUAUAUUCUAUGCCUAGUGAGUUAUAUGAAUGCCUUUUCACAUAAAUCAUAUUAAUUGUAAUUGGUGUAGUUUUUGAUUUGUUAUCCGAAUGUUGUACCUAAGUUUGCUAUAAAAAAAUGGUGUUAAAUGUUA